AUGAAGUUAUGGGACACCCUUACCACCUGUUUCGUGCUGCUGAGCAGCGUACAUACGAGCCCUCUCCGGAACCGACAGUCCACAAAAAGAACACGCGCUUCAGAGAGUCUCCAUGACUUCCCGCCAAUGCAUCUCAGUAUAUUUUCAACCAAAAGUCCAGAAACAGCCGACAGGGAAGAGCUAUCUGUAGAAACACAAUAUAACAUGGAUGAGCUUCAGCCAGAGCAGUUUGAGGAUGUGGUGGAUUUCAUCAAAGUCACCAUCAGUAGACUGAAGAGCUCGUUACACCUGGACACGGGCUCAAGGAUACGAAUGAAACGAGAGAGAAGGAAAGGAGGGAAGGGAGCAACCAGAGGAAAGGACCAGAGGGAGAGGUCUGGGAGCGGACGAGGGAAAGGGGGCAGAGGACAAGGCUGUCUGCUCAAACAGAUCCACCUGAAUGUGACGGACCUGGGUUUAGGUUAUCAAACCAGUGAGGAAAUGAUCUUCCGGUACUGCAGCGGGCCUUGCAGGAUCUCGGAAACCAACUACGAUAAAAUCGUCAACAACCUCACCCAAAACAAGAGGCUCCUGCCGGAAACGCCGCCUCACGCUUGCUGUCGACCAGUCGCCUUUGACGAUGACCUGUCCUUCCUGGAUGACCACUUGAUGUACCAUACAAUGAAGAAGCAUUCUGCCCGGAGGUGUGGCUGUGUCUGA